UACUGUAGUAGAAGUAGAAGUAGCAGAACUGACCUUUUUCAUGCCUUCUUAUUCACAGCCCACUUCACUCCAUUUUCCUACAUGACAAACUCAUUCUCUCAUUAUUCAUCUCUCACUUCUCUCUCUCUCUAUUUAUCUUCAAUUCUUGUCUUGCAUGGCUAAUUAGUGAACUUAUUUACCCUAAAAACAGCUCUUGCUUUGUGUUUCUGUGUUGUGUUGUGUUUUAUUUCUUCUUCUGUAGCUCAGUUUUGGUUUCAAUGGGUCUUACUUCACUUCAAGUUUGCUUGGAUUCUGAUUGGCUUCAGGGAACGAUUCACGAGGAGACUGGAAUGGAUUGUUCUUCACCAUCAGAAGAUAUGCUCACAUGCUCAAGGCCAUUAAUAGAGAGAAGACUCCGGCCACCGCAAGACCAAGCUCUUAAGUGUCCGAGGUGUGACUCAACACACACCAAGUUUUGCUACUACAACAACUACAGUCUCUCUCAGCCGAGGUACUUCUGCAAAACUUGCAGAAGGUACUGGACUAAAGGCGGAACUUUAAGGAACAUUCCUGUAGGUGGUGGCUGUCGAAAGAACAAAAAAGUUGCUAAAAAAUCUAAUGAUAAUCUUAACCAUAAUCAACCUAUUAACCACAAUAUUAUUGGUUCUUCAUCGUCUUCUCAUCAUCAUAAUAUGAACCCUACUGAUCUUCACCUUUCAUUUCCUGAUCAUCAUAACCUACAAUUUUCACACCUUGGUAACUUGCUUAACACUCAAGGUACACUUUCAAAUCCCACUUUCUUGGACAGUAAGUAUAACAUUGGUGAACUAGUUAACGUUGGAUCAUCAUCGUCGAACUCCAGGAGUUAUGAUUUUAUGGGGAAUAGUGACGUGGACAUGACUCAUCAUGGGCUCGGUGAUAAUCAGAUCAGUCAUCAUCAUGGAUUAGGACCAAAUUAUCAUGGUCUUAACUGCUCUCCAUUUGGAAUGUCCAUUGAUGGAAAUAAUAAUGGAAAUGGUUUCAUGGAAACUUACCAAAGGUUUAUGCUACCAUAUGAUCAUCAUCAUGACCAAACCACACUUGAUGUUAAACCUAACCCGAAGCUCUUAUCUCUCGAAUGGCAAGAUCAAACUCAAGGAUGUUCUCAUGAUGGUACUGGUAAAGAAACAUUUGGGUACUUAGGAUCAUCAUGGAGUGGCAUGAUCAACGGCUAUGGAUCCUCAGCAACCAAUCCUUUGGUGUAAUUAUAAUGGGAAGUUUUUUUUUGUGUUCCUUUCUAUUAUAAGGUGGUCAUUAUAGAACUAUAUUGACGCGUUAAAGCAGCAGCUAGCAUCUGAAGGAAGACUGGGUCACUACUGUGUGAAAUGAGAAGUUUAAAGAGUCCAAAAAUGACUGCCAUUAGUGUAUGUUAUUUGAUUUUAUGUUUCUUAUCUUGUUUUUAUCUUUUCAUUUCUUCCUUUCCUAAUUUGGUGUCUUUUAUAUAAGACAUUUUAAAGAUGUAGGGGUUUAUUAAUUAUAUCGAGGGAGAUAUGGUAAUGCUUUUUCUUAGGUUAA